AUGGACCUAUCAAACAGCAAACACUCAGUAUUUAAUAGCAAUACAGAAGAAUUGAUAAAGAUGCUUAAAUGGAGAGGUGACAGUUCAGCUGAAGACUUGCAAGUUCAUAUCAACAAAGACCAUUUUGAUUCUCAACCUGAGGAAGCAGCAUUAACGAGUAACAUCAAUGAUCGACAGUCCCAAGAGAAGUUGCAUACUUGUUUUAUCUGCAAUAAGCAUCUGAAUUCCACAGAGGAAUUACAGGUGCAUAUAAACAGAGACCAUUUUGACUCGCCUGUGAAACCUGUUUCAACAACAAUUUCUGAUCUGGCCUCCAUCAAGGCACCAAACUGUGGUGGGCUCCAUUCUGGAUCUGUCCUGCUUACUGAUGCUCCUUCUGCUGAUUCAAGUGAAAUAGUUGCAUCAAUUUCAGACUAUCAAUAUUUAUCUAAAGAUACUGAAGCUGAACAAAAUGAUAGGUUAAUUGCUGAGAUGCUUCAGAAACAAUAUGAACAAGAAGAAAAGGAAUUCAAGAAACUUCAGGACAUGUAUGGAAUGACUGACAAAGGAAAUUACAAAAAACAGUUUCAUUCCAACUUGAGUUUGGCUGUUCAAAGAGGACAAAUCAGUCCAUUUGAAUAUCAUAUGUACAAAUCCCAAAUGUCUGAAUCUCAGGUAACUGGGGUUGAUGAUGGAGUUUCCUGUACUAAAGGUAUCAUUUCUUCUUUAAGAAAGUAUUACCAACAACAAAGCAAGAACAAGGAUGUGUGGUUGUGUUCAGAUCUUGACCAUUAUAGUGGUUCUUUUGGAGAUACUGGAUGGGGUUGUGGCUACCGAAACCUUCAAAUGAUGCUCUCUGCUUUGGCUAAGGAACCCAAGUACCAAAGUUUCUUGUAUGGAGAUUACAAAGUUAAAAAUGGGCGAGUAGCUUCCAUCAAGAAACUCCAGCAGUUGAUAGAACAUGCCUGGCAGAAUGGUUUUGACAGACAAGGAGCUGAGCAACUUGGAUGGAAACUGGUUGAUACAAAAAAAUGGAUUGGAGCCACAGAAAUUGUUGCUUUAUUGUCAUCUUUGAAAUUUAAAUGUCGCAUGGUAGAUGUCCGUUCUCCGUCUGGUCAGCAACAAACCCAUCCAAAAAUGUUUCAGUGGAUCAGGGAUUAUUUCAAAAGAAAAGAUCGCCAUGAAUUUCGGUCACCAUUGUAUCUUCAACAUCAAGGCCAUAGUCGUACUGUGAUUGGUGUUGAGGAAUCUCAUCAGAAUGGAAACAUAACUCUGUUAGUAUUUGAUCCGGCCUGCAGUAAAGCUCACAUGGAGAAAUUAAAAGAUAGGCCAACAGCUGUUUUGGCUCAGCCUCUUCGUAAAUAUCUAAGCAGCAUGACAAAGGAUCAGUACCAAAUUGUAGCAGUGGUGGGCAUCCUUACAGAAAGUGAGUGGAAUGGGAGCAAAGUAUUGAAAAGUGAAAAAUUAACUUGA